AUGUUAUUAUUCGACGUAGAUCAGGAGCCAAAAGCAACUAGAUUAUUUAAUGUAAAAGAAGAUACGAAAAGGUACAUAGAGAACUACAAAAAGGAGAAUAAAGACAUAAUUAAAAGGAAUCGAACAAGGCCAUCAGCAUCACAAACUUUUUAUGAGUGCGAGCUAGAGCGUGAAUCUAUUUUGCGUGAAAAGCGAGAAAGAGAAGAGGAGGAAGAAGAAGGACAACCGGAAGCAUUAAAACCAACUAGUGCAUCUGACGACCCUACUACUUCAAUGGUAACAGAAUCUGAGGGAGAAAAACGAAAAAGCUUGGUUCCCCCAACACCUCGAACAAAUAUGCUCAUCCCACCUGCCUCAUCCUUUGGACGCCGACCGCCUACUACUUUUGUUCCCCCGUCAAUAUCUGCACCUCCAUCUUAUAUCGUACCGCCUACACAAGGUGUAGGUUAUGCACCCAGUUCUGCGUUUCCUGCCCGCUCCUUAGUCACUCCAGUGAGUGGUCUUAUGGCUCCACCUUCCAUGUUCCCUGUAGCACCCCCUACUGGCAGUUCGUCAAAUGACUGGCUAAGUAGACCACGUCAUGCAGUACGUCUGCCUCACAUGCAAUCUGUUCGAAAACAACAAGACACUGUUUUGAUACCUAGUCAACAUACGAGUCAAAAUACAAAACAGGAGGCAAAUGAAGCCAAUCGGUUUGUUUAUGAACCUUAUCAGGUUGAGUUAUGUGGCCCAACUCCACCACUUCCUAGCAAUCAGCAUACUCGCUGGAAUGACAUUCUUGAGAUGUAUGAAAAUACCAUAAUAGCCAAUCUUCCUCGUCAGACACGAUCACCUCUUUAUUCUCCGGAUAUAAAACCUAACUUUGAAGCAGAGCAUGACUAUAAAGUUGAUGAUUACAAUAUUGAAGCAAGUGAUAUUAAACCAACAUGUAACCCGGAAACAGGUUUUCUAAAAACAGAAUACGAUAGUGAAAAUGAUCAUCAUGUUGAAGGUAUGAUAUCAAAAACUGAAGAUCCUGCCAAAGAAACUAAACGCUUGGGUCUUUCCCAUAAACUAAAUGUUGGUGCCUGUGGAAUUGCGCCUGCUGUAUUUAUAGAAAGAUGUUUAAUGGAAUCACGUUGUGGAUUGUUUAUAUAGUUGCUGAAAAAUUAUUUCAUUCAGAAUAAUUAAUGUACAUAGAGAAACAUAUUUUCUUAUUGAAGUAAAAUAUACAUUUAAUCGGGUACUGGGUUUUGUCAGAUUUCUUGUUCAUCUUUUCCCUACUGUUUGUUGAGACGUUUGUAAAAUUAAGAUUAAAAUAUGCAAAUAUAACAUAUUCAAGUGAUGAAG